AUGUUCUCCCGCACGCUAAAGCCUGUCGCUUCUGUGACUAUCCAGAAUGGUUUCAAAAAUUUCUCCACUUCACCCCAGAAAAACUUCAAAGUGGUGGUUGCUGGAGCGGCUGGUGGAAUCGGUCAGCCCUUAGGUCUACUGCUGAAGCAGAAUAAACUAGUCACAAAUCUAGCACUAUAUGACAUUGCCCCGGUGACCCCGGGAGUGGCUGCUGACUUGUCCCACAUGGACACCCCGGCCAAGGUCAGCGGACACAAAGGACCAGAACAGCUAGCUGAUGCCAUCAAAUGUGCCGAUGUAGUGGUAAUCCCAGCUGGUGUUCCCCGCAAGCCUGGUAUGACUCGUGAUGACCUGUUCAACACUAAUGCUUCCAUCGUCCGAGACCUGGCCGCUUGUAUUGCUGAGAAAUCUCCAAAGGCUCUUAUAGCCAUCAUCACCAACCCUGUUAAUUCUAUGGUCCCCAUUGCCUCCGAAGUUUUGAAGAAGGCGGGUGUAUAUGACCCUAACCGUGUGUUUGGUGUGACCACUCUGGAUGUAGUCCGUGCUGCGGCCUUCAUCGGCGAAAUCAACGGUGUGGACCCUGGAUGUGUGUCGAUCCCAGUUAUUGGAGGUCACUCCGGGGUUACCAUCAUCCCAGUACUGAGUCAGUGCCAACCCGCUGUCAAACUAUCCGAUCAAAGCAAAAUAGAAGCUCUCACUAAGAGGAUCCAGGAAGCCGGCACUGAGGUAGUGAAGGCCAAGGCUGGUGGUGGAUCAGCGACGCUGUCGAUGGCAUACGCCGGUGCAAGACUUGUAUGCUCCCUGCUCAGGGGUCUCAAUGGAGAAUCAAACGUGAUUGAGUGCGCCUAUGUCAAAUCUGAUCUGACUGAGGCCUCAUAUUUCGCGAACCCGCUUUUACUUGGAAGAAAUGGAUUGGAGAAGAAUCUUGGCUUCGGUAAUCUUAACGAUUACGAGCAGGGGCUCCUCAAGGCCGCCAUCCCUGAACUACUGAAGAACAUCAAGACCGGAGAAAAAUUCGUCAAUAAGUAA